AUGGCUUACACUGGUGUAGCUUUACCUGGCGACACUUUGGGCAAUAUUCGCCCGCAAGUUGGAGAUGUCAAGAUCAUCAGUACCUCUUCGUCGUCAAUGACAAUUGAGGCUUUGGUCAACAUCACGAAUCCGACACCGUACACAGCCACUGUGCCGUAUGUUAAUAUUCACAUUGUGAGGGACGGCUUCGUACUGGGUAGUGCAACCGCGGAGAACAUGAAGGUUGUUAGGGGCAUGAACACGAACUUAGUCGUCAAGGCAGCAUGGGAUCCCGCGGCUGGCGGCGAAGCUAGCCGAAAGGCUGGCAGCGACAUGAUAUCGGAAUACUUGUCGGGUCGCAACAUUACCAUAGACGUCAAGACUCACCGAGGAACCAUACCGGCUGCACCCCUCAUUGGCGAGGGCCUAUCCAAGUUGAACAUCAGCAUUGCCGCUCCUAAGCUGGACCUUCCAGGAGAAGGCGAAAAGAAGGGGCACUUCAUCAGAGACGCGACUUUUCAUUUGCUGUCUUCCACAGCGACGUUUACUCUGGUAUCCCCUCUACGAUAUAACACCAUCUAUGUCGACUGGAUCAAUGCUACCGCACUUUACAACCAUACAGAGCCGGUUGGACGAAUUGUCUACGACCUACCAUUUGCGGCGCCUCCCGGAACAUCUGUCACACCUAAGUUGCCCGUAGACUGGUCUAUGGGAUCCGUGGGCUACGACGCCGUGAAGAAGGCGCUUGGAGGAGCCCUGAAGCUUGACGCAAGUGCGAAUGUCACGGUCCGAAUUGGUAAUUGGAAGGAUACGGUCUGGUAUGAGGGUCAGGGAAUUGGGGCGAGUAUUCGUUUGUAA